AUGUCAGACGACGAGCUUGCGGCCAAAGAUGCCUACUUCAAAGAACAGGAGCUCCUAGAUGUCCCCAACGAUGAGCAAGAGAUCCUGCACGACAGCGUGAGUAAGCUCGAAGGCGCACUAAGAGAAUCAAAGGCCAUGAGACUCCCGUCCCCUACGAAGCAGACGAGCAGUUUUCUUGGACCGACACCGAGGGAGGAGUUCGAGGCGCAUACGAGAAAACAGCGCGCGACAGAGCGACAUACGGGUCAUACGCUGAUGCGCUCAUCUACGGCGCCCGAAUCGGGGCUAGUCAAAAGCCUCCCAGUCGCCAAGCCGCGUGGUAGGCCAGCAAUGGUAGCUGUUGGUCCGAAGGGCAAAAUGAAAAGUGUACCAUCCCUGCCUGAGACAGCUGAGAAAGAUCUUACACCGUUCUACAUACGAGUCGGUGACGUGCCUCGAGAGCGCGGGAACAGCAAGAAUCUUAAGCCAGCAAGCAAUAUCCAGUUAAAUCCUGAGCACAAACAGUAUCUCAAGGGCAAAAUCGUAUAUUUCUACCCGAACGACGACAUUCCCGCACCGCGGCGUUUUCGUAUACAUAAAGUAAUACAACUUGGAGCUGCUUGGGUCAAAAGAUGGAGAGAAGACAUUACACACGUUAUCGUGGAUGAUGAAACACACACAUAUAUCCAAUUACUGAAGCAUCUGAACAAACCAGGCCUUCCUAAAGAUAUUGUAUUGGUCAAGUACGAACCGUAUGUACCGGAUUGUAUACGAUUCGGAGAGCUUCUAGAUCCGAGCUGGCCACGCUUUGCUCCCAAAGGCGCACCCACAAGAAAAGAACUCAGUCAGCCGGCGGUACCGUCCCAUACCUCAGCCGCAUCGCAAACCUCACUGCAGAUCAAAUCAUCAACACGACAGAUGGCCACGCAGGGGUUGCAGAGUACCGAUUCAUACCCAGAAGAAGGAAGCGUCCCCACUACCCAGCUCACAGCAGAUGCAGAUUCAUCCAUGUUCUUCGAAGAAACCGUCGAGGAUAGCUUCGUCAUGCCAUCUUCGAGCCCCACGAAAGCUUCGAAACCAAAGACUAUCGACGAGUUCAAUGAUGCUCUUUCUCAAGCUAUAUUGGAAACCAAAGCCACCGCACACUUACCGCUGGAGGAGGACGAGGAAGCAGAAUCUUCAAUAGCAAGCGGUGUGGAGGACGUAGAGGACUCAGGUACAGACGAAGAGUCCACGGCAACGACUCCCAGGCUACCGACCAAGUUUGAUUUCAUCUCGAAAGCAUCAGCCUUACGUAACAAGAAGCCCUUCAAACAAAACGCAUUCCAGUGUAUGGACCCGGGCGCCAACGGCUACACGUCUCAGAACCCGAACGCCCGUACUAUUGAAAUCUUGAAUCAGAUGUGCCAAUACUACGACCAGAUGCAGGACACAUGGCGGAUAUUGAGUUACCGCAAGUGCAUUACUACCCUGAAGAAGCAGACUGCCAAGAUCACCACUGCGAAACAAGCCGCAGCACUACCUAAUAUUGGUUCGCGACUGGCCGACAAGAUUGAAGAGAUUGUGCUCACCGAUCGUCUCCGCAGACUGGAAAGCACACGAGAUGGCCCUCUUGAUUCAGUGCUCCGCUUGUUUCUCGGUGUCUACGGAGCCGGACUUGUUCAAGCCAACAAAUGGAUCCAAGCAGGUUAUCGUACGCUCGACGAUCUUCGAACCAAAGCGAAGCUUACGGAGAGCAACAAGGUCGGUGUAGAGCACUACGAAGACUUCAACUCCCGCAUACCACGAGCCGAGGUGGAAGGACACGGCGCCGUUGUCAUCAAAGAACUGCUGAAGAUCGACCCCAAGUUUAAAGCCACCAUCAUGGGUAGCUAUCGCCGUGGCGCAAAAGACUCGGGUGACAUCGACAUGAUCCUCACGAAACCCGAUACUUCGCUCUCCGCUAUGAGGACAACAAUCUUCGAAGUCCUAGUCCCACAUCUUUACAAAAUCGGCUUCUUGAAAGCUUCCUUAGCGGCCUCUCGAUCUAACGACCCUACAGGUUCAAAAUGGCACGGAGCUUCCUGUCUUCCAAAAUCGAAGGUCUGGCGCAGAAUGGACCUCCUCCUUGUCCCGGAAGAAGAGAUGGGUGCUGCGCUGAUAUAUUUCACUGGUAACGAUAUCUUCAAUCGCAGUAUUCGACUGCUGGCACGCAAGAAGAAUAUGAGAUUGAAUCAGAAGGGGCUCUACAAGGAUGUUCACAGAGGCAGAUGGGGUGAGAAGCUGAACGAGGGUGUCUUGGUAGAGGGCGGGAGUGAGAAGAAGAUCUUCGAGGUGCUUGGUGUGCCUUGGAGGGAGCCGCAUGAGCGGAUCUGCUAG